UCUGUCUGCCUGCCCCAACAUGGCCGCCUCUAGCCAGAUCACCAGCAUGGAAGUUCAAACCAGUGAAGAUCAUUUGAAAGUCCAUAAAAUGAAGAAGAAGUUAUUGAGGAAGCAGGUCAGAGCUCAGCAUACAUUGAUGAGACAUGAGGGCAUUGAGUGCAUCUCCCAUGCUACGCAGAGCCUGGUUAUUGCCAAUGCUGGUCUGGGUAAUGGGAUGAGUAGACACCAGCUGCUGAGGAUAGUAGAAGAGUAUGGAUUGGUGGAAACACUCUUAAUGCCACCAAAUAAACCAUAUUCAUUUGUGAAAUAUGGGACAACAGAAGAAGCCAAGAAAGCCUUUGAUGCCCUUAAUGGAAAAGAAGUUACACUGGAAGACUUCGGCCAAAACAUUGUUCUAUACAUUAAUUUUGUGGAAAAAGUUUUCUGGCGGAAUGCUGUUCCUACAAGCUUGCCUCCAGGCCUAAUGGUCAUUGAAAAGAUUAUUUCUCCAGAGGAAGAAAGGAGGAUGUUGGAAAGUAUUGACUGGAUAGGAGAUGAAGAUACUCAAAAUGCCCAGAAGACUUUAAAACACAGAAGAGUAAAACAUUUUGGAUAUGAGUUUUGCUAUGAUAACAACAAUGUUGAUAAAGACAAACCUUUACCUGGAGGUCUUCCUGAAAUUUGUGACCUAUUCUUGGAGAAGUGCUUGAAGCAGGGAUAUAUAAAACAUAAACCUGACCAACUGACUAUAAAUCAGUAUGAACCUGGACAAGGAAUUCCUCCUCAUAUUGAUACACAUUCCGCUUUUGAGGAUGAAAUAAUCUCUCUCAGUUUAGGAGCUGAGAUUGUGAUGGAUUUCAAACACCCUGAUGGCCAUACAGUGGCAAUUAUGCUGCCCCGAUGCAGUUUAUUGGUGAUGGCUGGAGAAUCCAGAUACCUGUGGACACAUGGGUGUGUGAUUACACCCCGAAAAUAUGAUGUCGUUCAAGCAUCUGAGCUUGGGCAGAAAGUUGGAACAAUCACUGCUGAUGUUGGAGAUUUAACACUAAAUCGAAGGGAAACCAGGACAUCAUUUACAUUCAGGAAAGUGAGGAGAAGCCCUUGUAAUUGCAUUUACCCAUCUGUCUGUGACAGCCAGAAAGGACAGCAAAGACAGGUACAACCUUCAUUUCCCCGCAAUGAGAUGGAGGCCUCAAAGCUGGAGCAAGAAUAUGUACACAAAGUGUAUGAAGAGAUUGCCACACACUUCAGCAAUACCAGGCAUAGCCCAUGGCCCCGAAUUGUAGAGUUUCUCAGGUCACUACCAAAAGGGUCAAUAGUGGCUGACGUUGGUUGUGGUAAUGGCAAAUACCUAGGCAUCAACGAGGAUUUGUACAUGGUUGGCUGUGAUCGCAGCAAAAACCUCGUGGAUAUUUGUGGAGAAAAAAAUUUCCAGGCUUUUGUCUGUGAUGCCCUGUCAGUGCCAAUCCGCAGUGGUUCUUGUGACGCCUGCAUCUCUAUUGCUGUAAUCCACCACUUCUCAACAGCAGAGAGGAGACUGGCUACUAUCCGUGAACUAGUCCGGCUUCUAAGACCUGGUGGCAUGGCACUCAUUUAUGUGUGGGCAAUGGAACAAGAAUACAAAAACCAGAAGUCUAAGUACCUUAAGGAAAAGAAUGCUUGUAAAGACAAGGAUGAGGAAAUCAAUACUGGCAUGGCCCAGAGACCGCUUUGUGAUCAAAUGCCUGAUAGCAGCAGCCAAGACUCAGCAUGUUCUGACCGACUCCCUGAUGACUCAAAGGAUGAAGACUGUGAUGCAAAGCCAGUGGCAGACUCCAGAUUGCCUGUUCACACUAACCGAACCUCCUUUCACUCCCAAGAUUUGCUGGUUCCCUGGCACCUGAAAGGUAGCACUAAAAAGAAAGGGGAAAAUAGUGAUACAGUGUCGUUUCCAGCUGGCUCUAAGGAACAGCAAGAACUCAGCCCUGUUUUCCACCGUUAUUACCAUGUGUUCUGUGAAGGGGAACUGGAAGCAGCAUGCAGAUCCCUGGAUGGUGUGCGGGUUCAAAAGAGUUACUAUGAUCAGGGAAACUGGUGUGUGGUUCUAGAAAAGUUGUAGCCUGUGGUUUUUCCUCCACUACCUGUGAUGGUUUGUUUGUUUGUUUUUUACACCACGAAAGAUAUUUUUAAUGCAGACUGUGGCUUUUACCUCUUUUAAAAUAGCAGAAUAAAGAUUAUAUAUUGAGAUAAUAACA